AUGAACGAUUGCUACAAGAAGUUGACAGAGCUGCAAGCCAGUGCAGCCACCACCGACAGCGAGAAGGAGCUAGCCAGGCUGAAGAAAGAUACCCUGGAAACCUAUGUCAAGUGUCCUGCGGACCCGGAUGAUGAUCAAGAGGAUGGAUUCCUGGACGAGCUCCUGACGGGGCUGUCUUCUGGGGAGUUCUGGGAUUUGUACCAGGAGGUGGAUCCAUCGCACCCGGUAUUUACAGAAUCCCUGAAUCGGAAGUGCACUCUGCCGUAUUUCCUGCACGGGGAUGAAGGUCGUGGCCGGCACAGCUUUUGCUCGCGCCUGAUCUUUACGGCGAUACCUGCUCGUUGCUACAAUGGGGACGCAACAAUCUUCGACUUGCUACAGAACUUGGCUGACGACUGUAGUGAUCUGUUCUGGAACGGAGACUGGGUAUGGCUCCGGAAGGCUUUCUGUCUGGAGACUGGAUUCUCCUCUAAAAGGAUAUGCCACAUGUGUGAGCAAGAGGAUUGGUACAACUGCUCGUCCACAUCUGAUAUUCGUACAUGGUCAAGGGAUGAUGUGUUUGCUGAUCCCUGGAAAGACGACUAUGUGAGCCCACUGCGAUCCAUACCGGGCGCGGACGACCCGUGGCGACUCCGCACGGAUCCAGCUCACACGUUUGCUAUCCAAGGUUUUGGGUCUGGAAUGGCAACGUCUGCCAUUGUACUGCUGUCGCGACUCAAGAUUUGUCCGGGCCGAGCUACACAGGAGCUUGUGGAUGUGGAUGGUCAGCAGGAAGUCCGGCUUCCCGUAGUAUAG